GCAGGCUCAUUGACUUGCUAUCUGGCCGGACACGGGGCUGGUGUGGCGGCUGUUUUGGAGCAGAGUCACAGCGAGGCGGAGCCACAUGAUUGGACCGCAGCGCGGAAGUGCGUCUGGUGUCCCAGCUGUGGCGAAAACAAAACAAGACAAGCUGCGACUGGUGAGUGUUCAAACGCAGACUUCCCUAGCAUCCAGCAUCAUGAUGGAUGAGCUGGUGCAGGACCUGGUGUCUGCACUGGAGCAGACCUCAGAGCAGAGUAAGCUGGGGGAGCUGUGGGAGGAAAUGGUCCUGAGUCCACUGCAGCAGCGCCGGCAGAUCCGCCGCCGCAGAGGCCGAAAGCGAUUUCGCGAAUCUUCCCUCUAUCCGAUGGAGCAUAGACGAUGCUGGAUCGAGGCCUCGGAGUCCAGCUUGGAUGAAGCUAAGGAAUACCGGGUGAACUCUUCCUCCGCCAUCGCUGCCGCUGUGACCAACUGUAGUGACUCUGAUGAUAUGACUGCAACCAACCAGUGGUCCUCCCUGAUGAGAGGCCCGGUCAGGACGAGGCAGCCGUCCUGGCCAGAGUCCGACUCCAUCGCUGAGAAUAAUCCAGGAAGGCCGCUCAAGAGGCGGAGGAAGGUCAAACGCAUGACCUCAGAUAUAACGGUCAGGCUGCAGCAGAAGUUAAAAGUCUCUGGUGUGGAUAGGAAACCGAGACACAGGCCGACGAAGGUGCAGCAUCUGUCAGGAUCAAAGAAGAGGAGUGGUGGUUGGAUGGCAGCAGACAGACAGACUGAAGGAGCCCGACUGAUGGGGAAGGAGGCUUGGAAGAGGAAGAUGGUGAAGGAACGCAGAGAUGCUGCAGAUGAGAACAUGUCGGAGGGGGAAACCAGCAGCACAUGCAGCAGUGACCCUGGCCUUUUCACCAAUGAUGAAGGAAGACAAGGUGAUGAUGAGCAGAGCGACUGGUUCUUCGAGGGGGACGUUGGGGUCGGGACGGGCGUCGCUGGUCUGCUGCCCAACUGGGACUCUGACAACCAGCUUACACUUGAAGAUAACUCGCCCACCUUCCUGCAACCCGCACGACCCUCUGACAGAGGGUAUCAUUCACGUCUUAAACGACUGCCUGGCUCUGCUGCCUGCUGCAUCCGGAAGGACAGGAGGCGGCUUCCCAGGAAGGGCAACAGCAUGCCAGUGUUUGUAGAGAGACUGAGACAUUACUCCCAAGAUCCUUACCAGAGAGACUUUUGGCUUCCUUCUGUCGGAAAACGAGACCGAAGCCAGUUGAACCCUUUGUGCCCAUUACCAGUGUGUCCUAUUGACAUGAUGUCAGAGAGCUCCCAUCUCAGAUGCUCCUCCUCAGCCUUCAGAAGCAGGCAGACAAACGUCACGCCACGACUGUUGUGCAAAGGAAAUAUUAGGAAGAGGAGGGAAACGAAGGCCGUAUCCGUCACAGCAUCAGCUUGCAACCCAUUUCAUAUGGAUCACCAGAGAGAAGAGGCACAAGGAGCCGGUAACACCUCAACCAUGGCAGCUGUGGGACCGAGUGCACAGUCCUCUACUUCUGAGAGUUUGUCUUCACUCCAUAAAGACACCUGAAUGGAUCCGACAACUGAACACACCUACAUCUGGCAGAAUGUGACAAAAAAAAAGAAAGCUAUUGUGCCCGAGAAUGAAAAGGCUUCUCUUGCUGCACAAACUUUAUAACAAAGGAAAAAACACAAAGCACAUCAUUACUCUUCAAAUCAGCAUGCUACUGCUAGAUCCUUCCAGGUAGUAUAUUAAGCAUGACAAAUGUUAAUGCAAUCAAGCCUUGUUAAGCCCUCCGCCAUCUCCUCAAGGAAGAAGGCAGCUUCAAGAGGCUCCUUGUUUGACUCUACACUCGGCGGCUCCUCCUGUUCCACGCAGAAUCUCCAGGCCACCUGCUACCACACAAUCCAACAAUUACGUCCACUCUAGUAGAGCAGCGUUUGUCAGCAGGAACACUGGGAGGAUGGUCCAGCGAGUCUGGGCGGCCAGGAGGGAGUCUGCUCCACUUUAAGGCAGCCAACGGCAGCAGUGCAGCAGCACGUAGCGAGCUCGGAGACAGGAGAGCAUCACAAUGUUUAGCUACCACAUGCUGCUACAGGGUUCAGAGAGGCGACCACCAGUAGAGAGCCACACAAAGUACAGGCCUCCUAUUAGCAUGGAUUUGAAAAGCUACAGUUGGUACAAAGGUGCUCAUUAGCACAACACAGAGGGAGUGUAGUCGCGGUCCUCGGAGGGCCGCUUCUGUUCUCUCCAGGUUACCUUCUAUAUUCAAAUUUCCCCCAAACGCAUUUAAAGUUCAAGGCCGGCUGCGAAUCUGUUUGAACAGCCUGUUUUUCAGCAGUGCUGGACGAGUUUGCUUUUGGAGCCGUGCAGAAAGUGGACGGGAGCCAGCGGGGAGGAGUUGGAGGAGCUCUAGGAGACAGGAUGCGGGAGUCACACACAGUAUUUUCACCUACCCUUGGGGUAUACAUUUCCCCGGCUCCCUCAGCAUCAGAUGCAUUAAAAGAUCAAUGGCGACGUACAGUGAGAUCAAACACAACAGUUCUGGCCAAGCUGGUAAACAAGCAGUUUUCAGAAAAAUGCAUUUAGUGAUGUUCAUCCGUCUUGACAUGACCCAUAUAGUCGACAACUGUUGUCAUCUGUAACAAACACACCUGAAUUCAACCCAACUCACUCUGCUGAGUGUCUCCAAAAGGUGUUUUACAGGGAAAAGUUUAGUGUUUUUGAAAAAUGAAAUGUAUCCAUACUCCAAGCACCAAAAAGUAACCGGUAUGCACUUUCUACAGCGAUUACAAGAUACCUUUUUAGUGAAAUGAACCGCAUACUUAUAAGAGACAUAACGCAUGUCGUUUCAGACGCUUUAAAGCCUUAUUUAAGAGAAGAAUCUCAUUUAAUAGAAUGAGAUUUGCCAAUUAACGUGAGUUAUAUGUCUGCAAUAAUCCAUCUGAGAAGGCUUUAUGUGAUCAUGUUGGAGAGGGAUGACAUUUAUAAAUGCUGUGUGUGCACACUAGUCUAAAUGGAUGCCUCACACAAGACAUCCUGCCACAGAAAUCAGUCAAAGUGUUGAGGCCGAGAGUGACCCCGCCUCCCCCACAGAGACUGUUGCUUCUCCUCCAGCAGGAAGUCCAGCAGUACCGCAGGCUCCUCCCACGCCAGGAAUAUAGACUUGAUUAAUAUGAAUAACACAGGUAGGAGUUCAUAAUUAGGAAAAAAAGCUUUUGAUAAAUACAGUGAUGGGUUCUUCGAGACUUAUGCCCCUGAACUUGUUGACAAGUAUUGACUGUGUAGUGUUUUAAAGAGGACUUCAGUGCUGUUGGCGUAUCCGACAGUCUGCGUUGCGGUGCCAGGGCAUUGACGGGGGAGGAAGAUGUAUCAGUUUAGAUGCACUUCCAUUAGUAGCAGCAGAGGAAUACCUCACCUGCCAGCGUGGUAAUUAGCAGUCACCAUAAUGACAUUGCAGCCUUACGCCCCAAAAUGAAUUUCCAAUGGCUAGGAAAUGGGAGAAUGGCAUCCGUGCAGCCAGUCAAUUGUCCUGUUACAGUUAAGGAAUCCAGCAGGCCGGUACCGCUCAUAUUUCAUCCCAGGUAAAGAUUACCUGUCAGACCCAUGGGAGAUGUAUUGAUCUGUUUUCCUUUUUCCGCCAGCAAUCACCUGACAAAGGCACCUAGGAGGCGAGUGAAUGAGUGAUGCCUGGUCUGUCUGCUCCAGUGUGGUGGCUUCUAGUGUCCACUGAUGGGUGGAGAGGUGAUGAGGAAGAGGGGAGAUAAUGCAGUCAUAAACUCUGUUUGAACCUCCUCUGUAUGCAUGCAGGGCAGCCCCUCUGAGCCCCAGGUCACAGGUCAGUGGGGAAUUUGCUUUUUUUUCUUUUUUUCCCCCCUCUCCUUUCUUGUCAGUGGCAUUUGUUCUCGGUGUGUAGUGUAUACUGAUGAUAGAAACACAUGCAAAAGAGGCUCUCUGGUUCCUGCUGACAAAUGCAUGUUGCGAGUCACCAUAGUUCAACUCACUUUGGAUUUCAAAGUGAUCCAGUUGGAUCUGGGCGUCCUUUUAACUGUGAAAUCCAACCUUGUGGGGUCUCAUGUUUUCCUGCGACUGUCUGUCACUGUGGCAAUGAUCAAUAUAUUUCACAUUAUCAUAUGUUUUCUUGGCAGCUAAAAGUAUUUAUAUAUUUGCCUUGUUCAGUGGAAUGACAGAGUUGAUAUUAUCCAUGAAGCCAUGCAUUUAAAGUGACUGCACUGUAUAAAAUGUGUAUUUAUGAUGUGAUAAUUAUAGACCCAUUAAUUGAGGAUUUAGGUCUGAGGACAUCUCAUGAAUUCAAUUUCAUGAUAGAUAGCACCGUAGAUAUGUCUAAUUUUUUUACUAUCAUAUUUUUUAAUUUCAUUUACAGGGAUUUAAAUAUAUCUUGCUGAUAUCAGGGCUCCAAGGCAGCUAUCCACAUUUGAUAUGUCGUACAAAUAGCAUCUUAUCUCAUAAGCUGUUAUCUUUAUGUUUAAUAGCAGUGGAGGCAUGCCUAAUUGCUUUGCAAAUGAUCUAAAGAGGAUUACUCCUCCCUUAGAAAGCCUUCACCGUGUCAUUAGAUGUUAAAGAGACAUUACAAUAGUAAAAUUCAAACAACCUGCAGUGCAGCGUUUGUGCAGUAGCUCUGUUUUCCAUGUUCAUCUCCUAGUGUUGUGUCAAAAUAAAUUCCAGGAGCAGGUGGAAACUCCGCGAAUGAAUAAACUCUGUAAGAACUUGUUCAUAGUCUAUCAUGGAUAAGAAGCUGUUUUAAGAAGUUGUAGUUCCAGUCAAGCCAUUUGUGUAUUUUAAAAGUGAUAAAAGUGGGAUUCUUCAGGUCAUCUUGCCUUCAUGUCAUACAUGAUGUUGUAUUUAUUCCUACAUAUUAUGUGUAUAUAUAGAAGAAAAUCUGUAGUAUGUAUUCAUUUCGAAUACUGAAUACUUUGUGUGCAAUAAAUGAGUUGGUGAUCAUGA